AUGGUGAAUACUGAGACUACAUCUUCUACUUCUACUGGUUCUAUUUCAACAUCUGUUGAACCUUCUCACCCGUUGUAUCUCUAUCCGACUGAUAACCCUGGUACGAUCAUUGUUGCUGAUAGAUUUAAUGGGAUGGGUUAUGGAAGUUGGAGACGAGGGAUGUUAAUUGGCUUAUCUUGUAAGAAUAAACUGGGAAUAAUAAACGGGACAAUUACCAAACCUACUGCAACUUCGCCACUGUUUGAGGCGUGGUGUCGAUGUAACGAUAUGACUGAAUCGGCUGCUAAGUUGUGGAAUGACAUAGAGAAACGUUAUGGUCAACCUAAUGGAUCCAAGGUCUAUCAAAUUCGUAAGGCCUUGUCUUCCAUUUCUCAAGGAAAUUCAAAUGUUGCUUCUUACUUCUCUAGGAUAAAGAAACUGUGGGAUGAAUUAGCUUACUCGAUUACAUAUCCUGAUUGUGUGUGUGGUUGCAAGGAAGCUUUUAAAUAA